AUGGCCUCGGAAGAACAAGGUUCUGAUCCCAUCGGCAUCUUCCUCGACGGCCAGCAGCUCGACCCCACCUCUUCUGGUAGGAAUACCGGCUACCGCUACGUCAACCUCUACAUCGACGACUUCAUCGAGCUCGGCGAGUUCUGCAAGUUCGACGAUAGCGCAGUCCACGAGCAGUACUUCAACCGACUCUUCCACCACGUCCACAACAUCUUCAACGACGACAUCGUCAAGCACACUCGCGUCAUCAACUACCCUAUCGUCGUCCACAACUACAGUUCAACAGUCGACAUCCGGCGCUUCGACUUCCUCAAGGUCUCAGAGCAUUUCUCCCUCCGCUCCAACAACGUCAACGUCGUCCAUUCAGACAACGACAUCUACUCCGGAGUUGUCCAGCGUUUUUUCGACGACGUCAGUCGCGUCGUCGACGCCCAGAAUCUCCAGCACGGGUAUUUCCAUGUCUUUCCGCUUUACAAAUUCAUCCUCAAGCGUAGUUUCAACACUCGAGCAGACGCCAUCAUCAUCAACCACGACCAGUUCUGCAAGCAAUGCCCCUUCCACGCCAAUAUCGACAUCAGUUCCCGUCACAAGCGUCGUUACAAUCCAGUCUUCAACUGGUGCGCUUCUGAGCUCGGGCAGUGCCCCUACAUCACAAAUCAGCUUGCCAGCCAGCUCUUCUUCAUCUUCUCUGAAUCCGGCCUCAUCGACCUCCAGCAGUGUCCAAAGUACCCGCCUAAGCAGUCUACUAAUCGGCUCAUCAAGCGCUCUUGCCAUUAA